AUGGACGACUAUGAGUAUCUCCAGCCGGGGUUUGACUCCAAGUCGCUGACGGUGCCCCGGCUGCGAUCCAUCCUGGUUGCCCACGAUAUCCAGUAUCCCGCCACAGCAAAGAAGCCCCAACUCCUGCAACUUUUUGAAGACGAAGUCGUCCCCCAAGCAAAGAAGAUACUGGCGAAGCAAGCCAGGGCCAAGAGAUCGAGCAGGGGCAUUGUCGACGCGGGAAGCGCCCAAGAUAUCGACUCUUUCGACGACUAUGAGCUUGCCCCACCUACACCUAGAGCGACCAGGUCGAAAUCGCCACGCAAGGCUACCCCCAGGAUCAAGAGUGAGGAUUACGGGCAAGAGGCGCCGCCGUCAGUGAGAUCCACGAAGAGGACGGUGCGGAUUCCAAAGACACAAAUACCAGAGCCUGAGCUUGAACCCGAAGUCGAGCAAUACACAGAGCCAAAUCACGAGCCGGAGCCGCCCAAGUCUAUUCGCAAGCGCGCUGCCACUCCCAGGAUUCCCAAGGUCAAGCAAGAAGAAUCGGAAGAGGAUUUUUUUAAUCGAAGGGAGUCUCAAUACUUCUCGUCAGAGAACCCUUUUCAGAGUGGUAGCCCUGCAGCGCAGUUCAUUGCCAGCCCAACAGGGCGAAGGAAGACCACCGGCAUAGAUACUGUCAGGAGCAGACAAGAAGACGGUGUUCGACGACCGACGGACGGUCAUUACGCUGAAGAUCGACCGAAAUCAUCGAAGAAGUCUCACGCGUUCGAAGUUCCUAUCAACGAGUUGCUCCGCGAGGAGGUUCCGGACUUGCAGUCUUACGAGGUUGAGGCUGGGGAAGAAUUUACUCCUGAUGCGCAGUUCGAGAUGGAACAGGAAAUGGCCGCGAGCGGCGAAAGAGCGAUUGCGCCGCGUCGCGCAGAGCCUUCUCGUCAGAGACGCAGUCUCUCCAAGCCCCUAUGGGCUCUUGCUGUCGCACUUUUCGGAGCCUAUGGCGCAUGGUAUCGACAAGAGAAGAUUGCUGUCGGCUAUUGUGGACUCGGUCGGCCUGCUACACAAAUCAUCCCUGCCGACGUUCCAGUUCCCGACUGGGCUGUACAUCUCGUCGAACCCCAGUGCGAGCCUUGCCCACAGCAUGCAUACUGCUACGCUGACUAUUCCGUCCGUUGCGAGCCUGACUUUCUUCUCAAGCCGCACCCGCUGUCUUUUGGCGGCCUAGUGCCCCUUCCUCCAACAUGCGAGCCGGACGGAGAGAAGGUCAGAAGAGUGAAAGCGGUGGCCGACAAAGCUAUCGAAGAGCUGCGUGAGAGGCGUGCACAGUUUGAGUGCGGUGACUCUGCCACUGAGGCUAGUUCGGCGCCAGAUACCCCUUCCAUCGAUGAAGAAGAGUUGAAGGCCGCCAUCAGCGCCAAGCGAAGCAAGAAAAUGAAUAAGCAGGAGUUUGACGACCUUUGGGUUGCCGCUAUCGGAGAUGUCAAGGGCCGAGAGGAAGUGGAAGCGGUACCAAAGGCCAAUUCCACCUCAAUUUCAGACGCCUACCUCUCGUCCUCCUCUCUCGCUCGGCUUCCGAUCGGCUGCGCCAUCAAGCGUUCAGUCAAGCUCGGGCUGGCAAGACAUCGACUCUCAAUUGGAUCUUUGAUGCUCCUGAUCUCGGUCUACUUUUACAUUCGACGCAAGUACAGGUCGCACAAGGCAACCGCGGCGCAGGUCCCCGCGCUUGUUGACCUUGUGCUGUCCAGACUUGCAACGCAAAAGGAGCUCGGCGAAGAGGAUAUCGACGACCCUUGGCUAUUCUUACCCAAUCUCCGCGAUGACGUUCUGCGGUCGGUGCAUUCUCUCAGCGAGCGAGAUCGUAUCUGGACCCGAGUCAAGGCUGUCGUCGAGCAAAACAGUAAUGUUCGGACCAGUCAAAGAGAGGGACGCAGCGGCGAGGUUGGUCGUGCAUGGGAGUGGAUCGGACCUAUCGCUGGAGACAGCGCUAGAAGGCGCAAGAGUGGACGUCGUUCGGACCCUGCAGCGGAUAUCAAGACGGAGAAUACCCCUGGGACGCCGGAGAGCAAGAUUGGCGUGCAUUCGAGGUGGGAGGAGCCGCGACCUAUCUACUAA